UUGUCUUGAGGCAUAUUUGAAUUUAGUAUAUGAACCCCUCGCCAGUUGGUAGAACAUCUUUAUACAGUUCAGCCAGUAACUUGACAAGAAGAGUUUCCUCUGCGAAACAGGAUUCCACGUCGAGCACAUUUGUGAUCAUGAGGACCCUUGGUGUUAUCAUACUGGCAGCCAUGAUCGUCUUGGUGACGUCACGUGUUCGUUAUUCGGACAAACCGGAAUCACCGCGAGAAGCAAAAUAUAGCCCACUUAAAGCAUUCUGGGAUAAGAUCCAGAGGGAUGAAGAUUCAAAGUGCAACCAAUUCUGCCAAAAAUUGUGCAAUAGGUUUGACCCUGGCAACUGUGCCAUCUGCGGUUGCGGAGACCAAUAAGCCUUUUCAAAAUCAGUGGCUGGCAUUGCAUCCCAGGAGUGUGGAUUCCGCGGGAAGCAGUUAUUCUUUUUUGACGUAUCAAAACAAGACUUCUUUCUUGAGGGCAUAUGCGUUAUCAUUAAUCAUCAAAAGUUUUUGCAAAGUUUAGUUGUUUUUUCAUCACUUUCCUAAUAGUCUAGUACCGUUGUUAUCAAUGAAAGUAGUCGCAAGCUAUUUUGUAAUUAAUUUAGAUCAUUCUGAUUUUCAAUAAAGCUACGAUUAAAGAAUUUUUUUUAA